AUGUCCGAUUCAGCCAGUAAUGAUACCGAGAACGAGACCUCAAACAAGAAAUGGAAAACAUUGCGCACUUCCAUGAUGGAAGCAGCUCUAGAAUCAUUUGGCAAAAGUAGGCCACCCAAAGAAGACUGGAUGGCUGAAUUUGCUAUAACUCUAGAUCCAUUACUGGAAGCAAAGUCAGAAGCACACAGAGUGCAUAAUAACAGGCCUACCCGCGCUUCACACAGGGCACUACACGCAGCUCAGAGCGAACUCCAAAGAACAUCGAGAGCCUGUGCAAACCAGUUCUGGAACACUCUGUGCGACGAGAUACAAACCACAGCUGAUAUAGGAAACCAACGCAAACUAUAUCUGUGCCUCCGAAAAGUUGAGCACUACUCUGAACUCUAUGGAGAGCCAAGGGGCAUCAGUGCUGCUGCUGCUCUUGAAGCCACACCCAACUUGGACGUGAUGAUGGAACUCGACCAGACCCCCACUAUAGAAGAACUAGUAAUUGCUCUGUCGCACAUACCAUCUGGGAAGUCCUCAGGUGCCGACGGUAUCCCUGCUGACCUGUUGAAAUGUGAUGCCUCACUGCUGCCUCACUUGUACAAGCUACUUUGCAAAUGUUGGCGCGAUGCUGCCUUCCCUGCCGACAUGAAAGAUGCCAACAUCGUCACACUCUACACGAAAAAGGCGACAAAAGAGAAAUGCAGAGAACAAAACAGGCCACUCCAUAUGGCUUUUGUCGACCUCACUAAAGCUUUCAACAUGGUCAGUCGGGAGGGCAUGUUUGCUGUACUGCAAAAGCUGGGUUGCCCUCCUACGUUGCUCAAGCUAAUAAGAUCUUUACACGACGACAUGCAAGCAACAAUCUCCUUCGAGGGAGCUAUGUCAGAGCAUUUUGGUGUGCGCAGCGGUGUUAAACAGGGCUGCUCCAGAAGGUUUGCAAAGUCAGAUUUUUCUCUCAUCAUCAGCACCAAGAAAACUGUUGUCAUGAACUCAGCAACAAACAGCCCAUCAAUCCCAAUCUUUGUGGAAGACCAAGAGUUAAACGUAGCUGACAAAUUCUGCUAUCUGGGCUCCACCAUCAGUACUGAUCUGACCCACGACAGAGAGAUGGAGGUCCGCAUCGGUAAAACAUCAACCGCCUUUAGCCGGCUGCGUGCUCGCGCCUGGAACAACAGACUCCUGACUGAGAGAACAAAGACACGAAUCUAUGAGACCUGCGUGGUGCUGAGCGUACUUCUUUAUGGAUCUGAAUGUGGACCACAUACACCACACAUGCGUAAUCUCCGCAGAAUCAUCAGUGUUUCUUGGAAGGACCAUGUCACCAACGAAGAGGUUCUGACCCGUACUGGAAGCCAUUCAACGUUUUACAUCUUGAAGGCCGGAGAAUGA